AUGAUGGAAACAAACAAGACACAGGUGACUGAAUUUGUUCUCACGGGACUUACUGAUAUUCCGGAGCUCCGCGUGCCCCUGUUCCUGGCGUUCUUGAUCAUCUAUCUCAUCACUAUAGUGGGCAACCUGGGACUGAUUUUCCUUAUCUGGAAAGACCCCCACCUUCACACCCCCAUGUACAUAUUCCUUGGAGGUUUAGCUUUUGCCGAUGCUUGCACCUCAUCCUCUGUGACCCCAAGGAUGCUUGUCAACAUCUUAGACAAAAGCCAAAUGAUAUCCCUCUCUGAGUGCAUGGCCCAAUAUUACUUUUUUGGCUCUAGUGCCACCACAGAAUGUUUCCUCCUGGUAGUGAUGGCCUAUGACCGCUAUGCAGCCAUAUGCAACCCUUUGCUUUACCCAGUGAUAAUGUCCAACAGAGUCUGUACUUGGUUGAUAAGUGUGUGCUAUGUCAUUGGUUUCUUGCAUCCCAUAGUUCAUGUAGGAUUGCUGUUUAGGUUAACCUUCUGCAAGUCCAAUAUAAUACAUCAUUUCUACUGUGAAAUCUUGCCCCUAUUUACAAUUUCUUGCACAGACCCAUCUAUUAAUGCAUUUGUGAUUUUUAUUUUCUCAGCUUCUAUACAAGCUUUUACUUUUAUGACCAUCUUAGUCUCCUAUACCCGUGUCCUCUUUGCCAUCCUGAAAAAGAAGUCUGAAAAGGGCAGGAGCAAAGCUUUCUCCACAUGCAGUGCUCAUCUGCUCUCUGUUUUCUUAUUUUAUGGCACUCUCUUCUUUAUGUAUGUGCGUCCUGGGUCUGGCCCAGAUCAAUAUCAGGAUAAGAUGUAUUCAUUAUUCUACACAAUUAUUAUUCCCCUGCUGAACCCCUUUAUUUAUAGUCUAAGAAACAAGGAAGUUUUAGGAGCCCUCAGGAAAAUCAUAAGUAAAUAA